CGAACAUGGCGCCCUCACAGCUCAAACAGCUGAAAGCUUCCCUACGCGAGCAUGGUAUCCGUGGUCCUCAAAAAUCCAAAAAAGAACGACAGGCCACAGCUAAGGAUGCACAGAAGCGGAAUCAGCGCCAUGCAGCCCUCGAAAGCAUCCGGGAACGAUUCAAUGCCUUCGAGGUCAAGGGUCCGAGGAGGGAGAAGUUCGAGGUUGCAAGUGCAAAGAAAUCACAAGCAUCAUCAGUACGUCCUGGUGUCACACGAGGCUUGGGUGAAGAGAGAAGACGAGAAACAUUAUUGAAAGAGAUGCAAAGCCGGAACAAAGUCGGAGGCCUACUCGAUCGACGGUUCGGAGAGAACGAUCCUACCAUGACGCCUGAAGAACGAGCCGCCGAAAGAUUUGCCCGUCAAAACGAGCGAAAGUUAAGAAAGACGUCAAUGUUCAAUCUAGAGGACGACAGCGAGGAAGAGAUGACACUUACACAUGGUGGAAGAUCACUAGACUUUGGUGGCGAUAUCCAAGAUGAUUUUGACGAGGGUGAUGUUGCUGCAUCAGAUGAUAAUGUCGACGAUUUCGAGGCGCAGAAUGAUAGACCAAGGAAGAAGCUGCGGCUUGAGGAUUCCCUCGAUGACGGAAGUGAGGAAGAUGGAGAGAUGCCAGAGCGAAGAAAAACCAAGAAUGAAGUCAUGAAAGAAAUAAUCGCCAAGUCAAAAAUGUACAAAGCAGAACGACAAGCGGCCAAGGCAGACGACGAUGAUUUACGAGCCGAGUUGGACAAAGGAAUGGCCGACUUUUACGAGGCGCUUCGUGGACAUAAACCACCCGAGAAGCAGCCAGUCACGGCGCAAGCCACCGAAGCGUCCGAACCACACAUGGACCCCGCUCGAGCUGCCAUGCUCGCAGGUAAGAGCAGGGUAGAUGCAGAGAAGGAGUACGAGGCGAAUCUUCGCGAGCUGAAACUUGAGGCUCGCUCUAAACCUAGUGUUCGGACAAAGACAGACGAAGAGAAGGCUGCCGAGGAAGCUGCAAGGCUUGAAGAAUUAGAAAGGAAACGUGUGCGACGUAUGAAAGGCGAAGCAGAGAGCUCAGACGACGAAGACGAGGCCGAGCUUGGUCCAGAUGAGGAUUUCGAGGAAGAUGAUGCAGAAGCCUUUGGUCUGGCUGCCCCUGAAGCCACUCCUAGGCAAGAAUUAGAUGUAGAGGACGAAGACGAGUUUGUCCUCGACGAUGACUUGCUCGCCUCUGAUUCCGAAGCGGAGAUGGCCAGUGAUCAGGACGAAGAUGAUGACAAAUCUGAAGAUGAGCCUGAAGAUGAUGGCGACGACGACUUCAUAAAUGGUCUUGCCCUACCACAACUGCCGAAGUUGAAGACGCAGUCGACAGGGAACGUGGCCGCCAGCAACAACCUUGCCUAUACGUUUCCCUGCCCGCAAACCCACGACGAAUUUUUAGAGGUAACAAAGGAUGCCGAGUUCUCUGAUCUACCAACCAUCGUCCAGAGAAUCCGUGCUCUUUACCACAAAGGCCUUGCCCAAGGGAAUCAGCAGAAGCUGGAUGUGUUUGCGGGAGUCUUGUCACAGCACGUGGCGUAUCUCGCCGAUAACAAGGGCGACGUGCCUUUUUCAGUGUUGGAAAGUUUACUACGGCAUCUACAUUCUAUGGCGAAAGCCUCACCAGAGGCAGUCGGCAUUGCGUUCCGGACACAUCUCGAAAGCAUCGCCGAAGAUCGAGCACUCAAGUUAUCUCCAGGAGAUUUGAUCAUCCUGACUGGUAUCUCGACCAUUUUUCCUACUUCUGAUCACUUUCACUCUGUGGUGACCCCAGCCAUGCUGACCCUUGGCCGGUACCUGGGUCAAAGCACAAUCCAAAAUGUACAGGAUCUUGGAACCGGAGCAUACUGCUGCUCACUUUCUCUCCGUUACCAGCGACUGGCAAGGAGACAUAUACCCGAAGUGGUUACGUACAUCGUCAAUGCUUUGGCUGCUCUGGCGCCUGUCCCACUCCCCGAGGAGGACAAGGAAGGACAACCACUGAAUAUCCCAGCCAGACUACCACGUGUACCUCUGCGAAUCAACUCCCACGGAGAUGUCCCCGAAAAAUUGGCCUUCAAGGAGCUUGUGAUGAAUGCAGAGGCCCAAGAUGAUUCUUCGAAGCGGACGGCUCUCUUGCAUACAUUCAUUCGCAUCUGCGCACAGUCUGCCGAGCUAUGGAAACAGAAGACCGCCUUUCCAGAGCUGAUCUCUCCUUACAUACAAGCCCUUAGCCACAUCGUCUCCCACCCUAGCAAGCUUCCUAAGCGAUCCAUCGCUCUUACUUCAAGCACAUUACAAAAUCUACGGUCUCUCCGGACGGCAUCGAUCGAGGCACGGAAACCUCUGCUUCUUCACAACCACCGACCCUUGGCAAUCAAGACCGCUAUCCCAGCCUUUAUCGAGAACUACAACCCAGAUCGCCACUAUGAUCCUGACAGACAACGCGCUGAGCUUUCGAAACUCAAGGCAGAGCACAAGAAGGAACGAAAGGGAGCGAUGCGUGAGCUGCGCAAGGAUGCUAAUUUCAUGGCCCGAGAGCAGCUCAGAGAGAAGAAGGAGAAGGAUGCUGCGUAUGAUAAGAAAUUCAAGAGGUUGGUCGCUGAGAUCCAGGGUGAGGAAGGCCGAGAGCAAAAGGGUUACGAUAGAGAGAAGAAAAAGAGACAGGGACGAUUCUAGUCUACAGUGGGCGUGUUUAGUAUAUAACAUUCUUCAGAGUAACUCUUCAUCAUGGCUAAAAUUGCUUUGACGGCUGUGAAUGAGUGAUAAAUAUAGCCCUC